AAUUACUUAAUUUCUGAUUAUUUCUAAAUAAUAUAAAACGCGAGUUUACGUGGAUCGGGGAUUCCCUACUUCAACCGGGCGUGAGCCGCUGUGCAUGGACAGAGAGCUAGCUGGCUAGCUGUACAUCGAGAACUGUAGAUUGGGGUCCGCAUUCUAACUUUAGCUUUAGUUAGCUACUUGAAUAACAUUAGCUAGCUAACUAACCAGUGUCAUUUGCUUCUGAUCUUCUGAGUGAGACUGAAUCGGGGACCGUGCCGUUGCUGAACAGCGAGCGAAAGCCAAACACGUCGCUGUUUUGCAGGGUGGCUAUGUUAUUUUCUGAAGAGAUCUGUGCAGCUGGACAGAGCUCUUGUGGCAUGACGACCACUAAUAAGGGCAACAAGGCCUUAAAGGUGAAGCGGGAGCCGGGAGAGAAUGGGACGAGCCUGACGGACGACGAGCUGGUGAGCAUGUCGGUGCGGGAGCUGAACCAGCACCUGCGCGGGCUGACCAAGGAGGAGAUCCUGCAGCUGAAGCAGCGGCGCCGCACGCUGAAGAACCGCGGCUACGCCGCCAGCUGCCGCGUCAAGCGCGUCACGCAGAAGGAGGAGCUGGAGAAGCAGAAGGCCGAGCUCCAGCAGGAGGUGGAGAAGCUGGCCACCGAGAACGCCAGCAUGAAGGUGGAGCUGGACGCGCUGCGCUCCAAGUACGAGGCCCUGCAGAGCUUCGCCCGGACUGUGGCCCGGGGCCCCGUGGCCCCCGGCCGGGGCCCCAUCGCCUCCGUCAUCGGGCCCCUCAUUCCGGGCAAGGUGGCCGCCACCAGCGUCAUCACCAUAGUCAAGUCGAAAACGGAUGCACGGUCUUAGUACCUCGGCGGGGAGAGAGCGAGAGUGAGAGAGGGCGUGAAGGAGGGAGAUAGGAAGAGGUUGUCAGUGCAUCAUUAUUGAGCACAGGAGUGUAUCAAUUUCAUUCACCUUAAAACUGCAUCUCUGUCCCCACCUCCACCGCUGCCACCUACCCUCCAUAAAAAAGGCUGCAAUAUUACAGGUCAGAUGUUAAAGGUUAAAGGUCGCAUGGCAUAAAACCAUUUGAUUGGUGGGGCCCAGCGAGAGUCACACGGAUGUAUGCAUUUGCUGCAUAUACUGGAACGUUGUUGUUCACAUGGGUCCAAGUGUGUUUGCUGCUGUCUCAUGUCUACGUAUGUGUACGUAUGUCUACUUAUGUCUACGUUUGUCGUACGUCGCUGCUCCGAGACGAUAGUUCGUAUGGCGUUUUCUCCGUCCUGCGCUGAUUUGGGUCUCCAGCCCUGCCUGUGCUGACACAGGCCCGGCUUGUGAGCACGGAUUUCCAUGAGCAUGUUCGGUAAUGGGUCAAGAGCGUUUUAUUUUAGCUGGGCCAUGAAGUGGUUCAAAGGCUUCUGUGUUUCACUCAAAGUGCAUUCAUAACUCCAGUCAAAAACAGUCAUUCCCAUUCAAACGUGGUUCAUUUUUUCAUACCUGUGCCUAAUAUUUAUGCACUGACCAAAUAUGUUUUGGGGAAAAAGAAAAUCUACAGGUGUCAUCACAGUCUUUAGUUCACAGGAAUGGAUCUUCUGCUGAAGAGAUGAGGCUUUGUGAUUGGGCAGUCCUUAUAUCAAGAGACGAACGAAAAGUUUUGUUUAGCUAUUAAGCUCGUAUGUAAUGUCUUUUGUUUGUUUUCCCGUAUGCGGAAUGGUUAGCUGGUGUUCUUUGCAGAUGUUUACAGUUGUGUUCUGCAGAAUACUGUAUUAACCUGGCGAGGCAAUAAUUCAUUCGUGAGAAGAACCGAGGAAGGGCAGUGUUGGGCGUCUCACUAACCCAAAAAUAUAUCAUCGAUAAGGAAAGGAAUCGUUCUGCCAUUGGUGUUUCCAUGACUACGAGGUAUUCUCCUCACCAGUAACAAAUCGUUGAGUGUUGAGUGUUUUGGAUGCUAAUGCAUAGUACUAAAGAAAAAAAACAACAAAGUUUUAAAGAUGAAGAUUUCAGUUUGUGUUUAAUGAGCCAUUGACGAUCGCACUUAUUUAAGUUUCUUUUAAAAUAAAAAAUAAAAAAAGGCAAACACUUGUGAGGACUAGCUGAUCACAUAAAUAGACAAACGUGUAUUCACACAAGCUUUACGAUAAAGUUGUCUGUCUACGUAUUUUAAGGAUCUUUGUCCAAGUUCAAAUUUUGAUUUUUAUAUAGAGUAUCUUGCAUUAUUUAUAAAAACCUUAUACAAAAAUAUACAAAAAAGGGGUUAAAAAAAAUAAAUAAAAAAAAAGAAAGGAGAAAAAAAAACUUGUUUGAUAUCCUUUUUGCAAUUGUACCAAAAGUGGCUUACUAUUGAAGUGGAUAGCUUUUUCUAGUGACUAGGCGCGUACUGUGGACUGUAGCGCGUGGUGUGGCGUGAUUUGUACGUGACGAGGUGACGGUAUUGUUCACUAUAUGGGUGUGAUGCUGUAAUUUCAUUUAGAGCGACUGCUGGUGAUGUAAGCGGCGUCUUGUCGCCACACCCCUCCCCUCCCUUCCUGUAGUCUGGAACAUAGUUCUGAUUUACCGCUCACUUAAAGAUCCCAUGGCACUGGGUGCUCCGACGCUCAAUUCUCAAUCUGGAUCGCCCUAAUAGCCCAUCUCCCUCCCCUCCCUGCAAGUUUCGCUAGUUGGCUAAAUGGCUCUGUCUCCUACGUGGCUGAUGGGUUUUGUAGUCCACUUCCUGAUGGCAACACAUUGCUGGUGGCUAAUAUGCAAUACCACCCCAUUCCCCACACACAAAAGCUAAAGUGCUUUAUAUAGUGCCUUUUCAUAGCAUGAAAGCCACUAUAUAAAUAAAGUACACUGUUCUUUGUUCAUAGUAUUACUGUUACAGUAUAAAGAAUAAAAGAUUCACACACCCACACCGUGGAGGGAGAUGGACUUUCCGGGCAAAUGGCGUCCCGUUGUGACCACUCUGCGCGACGGAACCCUCAGUCCACGCUGGCUUUUACGCCGUUGUCAUGGUAACCGAGCCAGCCCGUUCCCGUUCCCGUUCCCACUUCCGUGCUCCGCGCUGGUUUACACCCUCCUGCUCGCGGGGGCCUGCCGGUGCGCCACUUUUCUGGGGAUGUGGCGGACGCUGGCUUUGCAUCACCUCUCUUCUGAAGUUUUUGUUUUUCUAUUUUUAUUUGUGAUGUGAGAUUUCUGUAAGAUUUAUCUAAUGUAUUUAAUGCAAAAAAAAAAGAAGAAAACAAAUAUUUUUGUCGUAUAAUUUCGUUUGUUUUUUGAAUGCCAGGGAUUUGACAUCAUCUGCACUGUUUUUGAAGCAAACUUAGGCUAAUGUUGUUGUAUUUAUUUACCACUCCCGUCUCGCAGGGGCCUGUUUUUGGAUUUGUUGUUAAAGGGAGUAGUUGCCGUUACAGCUGUGCAGUGGUCGCAUUUGCUUCGCUUUCCGUAAACACAACGCACACAAAAUCUAAAAGCUAACUGUAAACUAGUGAUCAAAGGAAGAUUUGCAAUACCACAUGAUGCCUGUGUUAGCCCAGCUUUGAGGAAAGCUAAAUUAUACGUUUUGAAGUGGGACACUCUCGCAAAGGCUCUCUUUGGUAUAUUCUGUGAAAACAAAUAAUAUAAAUGUUGUGCACAUUUUGCAAAAUGUACAUAAAUGCAUUGUAAUUAUGUAAUGUAAUUGCAUUACAUUAGAAGCUUGUGAAGCCUGACCGCAACACUAGUUGAAGGCGAUGUUCACGUUUUUUUUGUUGUUUUUUUUCCCCCCCAGGAGUGAAGCCGUAUGAAAUGUGCUCCUUUCAUUUUGAGUUUGUACUAAAAUAUUUCCCAUUUUGGGGUUUAUUGGCGUCAUGCAAAAAAUAACUUUAAAAUGUGGACUAGCCUAAAUAUUGGAGAAGAGUUGUCCUGAGCUCGUCUUCUGCCAGCACCAUGUUAAAAACAUUUCACCUUCUAAUCUUAACCCAGUCAGGUAUUUUUGAACAAGAAUUUUGAGUGUAUACAGUAUUCCCCUAUGUAAUCAAUGUACUGCUUAUAAAACCAUACUGUUCAUUUCCUUGAAAAGAAAGAAAGGGGGGAGCUAUGUUUUAAAAACGAACCUGCAUUUCAGUUUCUUCCCCGGUCUCUAACCUUCCAACUUGCAAGUGUGCGGCCGCUAAUAGGCCAAUGCCUUGGUAUCGACCGUUGGAGACGAGUUCAGGAAUGCCACCAAAAUAGAGGGCAUAAGUUAUUUUGCUUAAUACAGCUUUUAUUUUUCUUAACUAGGAACAUUGGAGGGACCCUAUAACUUCUAAAAUGGAAUAGUAGCCUUCUAAAUGGGAGACCAACCGAAAAUAAACUCAUGUGGCCAAUGUAAAGAUGCACAUCUCUGCUUCCAGGUUACUCCUGAUCAUUAAGGGCUCUGGUUUACCUGUAAACAAAAAAAAAACAAAAAAAAAUUACAAUAAAAAAAAUUAACAAACCAAACUCGGAAGGACACCUUAAAAGGCUACUGCUACCAAAAUAUAUGUCCUCCCCUCUGUCCUUACUCACGUUUUACCUCUGUUGUCUGCCUUAAAGCAGUAACAUGUUGUAUGAAACUUUGAAGAUUGUGUCCUUGUUGCUACAUAAAAGCUAUUUUUUGCAUCGGGCAAGCUUCUGCCAUUAACAAGGUAGAGUGAAGCGUAUGUUGUCACUUUUCUGUUGAAAAGUUUGAAGCAUUUAUCUCCGACUUCCUAACACUGGAAUGCUUACCUAAGGCAUUUGGACUUAUUAAUAACAUAUUUAUAUAGGCUUAAUGAUAGGUACAUUUUAGUUGUGUUCUUCUUAAACGAUAAAGGAGUUGUCUUUUUGGUUAUCUGUGAACGUUUCCUAAUGUAGUUUCACUGCGCUCUAGGCGUCCCUCUCUAUAUCCAUGUUGACGUACUCUUUUUUGCAGUGCCAGUCCUGUGACGUGAACAAUGUUGUACGGGUUUUUAAACUUGCUCUGUACAGACGAGCGUCGCAACCGCUGUGUCAAGUCUUCGCCUGGCGGACGCGCGCCUCGACUCGCGCGCACGUCGUGGCACCCGUUGUGGAAAAAGGUUACCUUUUUAUAUAUGCAACUCAGUGGAUCGCUGUGAGAAGUUAGGUCUCAGAGCGAGGGUGUAGUCUUGUAAAAGUCACCAUUAAACUAAAUAGUUUAACGCGAGUUAUUGUCUGUCUGUGCGUGCAGUCCUUAUCCACUCAGUUUAUGCAGUAAGAAGUUUCUCGCCUUCUGCCAUCCACUAUAUCUCCGCUGUUCACUUGCUCUGGUGCUCGCCGUCUUAGUAAUGUAUUGACAUGGACCCCAAGUGGUCUUUGUUGCUGUAUCUACCGGGUACAGCUGUUUAUUGUUAUUAUUCAUUAAGGUGUACGUGCUAAUUGUUUUCCACUCCUGGAAGCAGACUUGCCUUGGAAAAGGGCCUGGUGUAUUUUAAAACCUGCCAGUUAUAAUCUGAAUUUAAUUCCGAUUGCAUUCACGUUGCGUAAGGUUUCACUGUGUCCCCCCGGGAAGAGCAGGGAAAGGUACUGCGCGAGCUGUAGUGCAUGAUGCGAAGCGUGUCAUCAUCGCCCCACGUGCCGCUGAAGAGGCGACCUCUUAGCGAUGGGCGAAGAGGUUCUGGGUGCACCAUUUAACUCGUAGAAGCUUCUGUCCGUGGUCUUUUCUGGUACGUAGCAGGCGGUUUGUUUGACUUUUUUUUCCUCCUAAUGGAGGGAACUCGCUUGGACAUCCCUGUUAAACUGUGCAAUGCCUUAUCCAGUCCUUUUCCUGCAUUAGGUUGCUUGGGUAGGCAAAGACGAAAGCUUUCUAUCACAGUAGAAAGAAGCGGUCUCUUAUACAGACGACUUUUAUAAAGGAAGGAAAUUGGCUGAAAUAUUAGGCAUUUGCAGAAUUAUUAUUAUUAUUAUUAUUAUUAUUAUUAUUAUUAUUAUUAUUAUUAUUAGCCAGGAGAAAGGACACACCUGCUUGAUUCAGGUAUCUCACUCUUGGUUAUCAUCAUCAGAGGUUUAAAGGAUUAGCUUCCUCUAUUGCUGCUAGACUGAUGGUCACUCUGCUGCAUUAUGGAUUUUUAAAUUUUAUUAUAUCAAUAUUUUGCUCCAGCUAAAUCAAUUGAUAAUGAUCCUGAAUCAGAUGAUUUAAAAUGAAGCCCUUUCAUUGCAAUUUCAGUCUUGUCUUCUCAGCAAGCAACAUGACCUCAGAGGCGAACUUGUUAAACUGCUCUUUAACAAAAAAAAAAUCUAAGCUUUAGAGUAUUACAUUUUGUUUAAUCUAACCACAUUGGUGUCAACUGGUGAGCAUUGAACUGUUCAAGUUUUUAGAUCUUGCUCUUAAAUAGUUUGUGUUUUCAAAAAGUGUAAAGUGAAAAAUUUAAACCUAUGAAAAGUAGAGAGUUUGUGAAUAUGAUUAACGAUGGAAAAAUCUGUUUGUUUUUUUUUCUGUAUGGGGUGUAAUAAAUUAUAUCGCAGUACUUUGUAUGACAAAUGAAUAAAAUAAAAUCAAUUUAAUUGUAUUUAUGAACUAAAUUAUUGUACUUUUUGCAAUCUGUAGAUAGAUAAGUAAUAUGAUGUAUUCAUAUAUAACAGCCGUGAAAUGUACUGUUUCCUUCUCAGAGGUGUCUAAGUUAUUGAUGUACAUACUGUAUGUUUGUUGAUAUACAGCUUACUUUAUUUUCUAUAUGACCAAUAAAACAUGUUUUGGAAAAGA